GAGAAGUAGAAGAGCUAUUCGGUAGAUUAAGAGCUUCUAGACAAAGAGCAUCAGAUCUCGAAAGAGAAUUGGCAGCUGUAAAUAGUUCAUACCAACAAUUAGAUAAGAUUAACAAAGAAUCUGCCAAGGAAGUGGACCGAUUAAAAUCUGAAAUUUAUAAAUAUAGUAGGUCAAAUGAGGAUUUAAGUUCAGCCAAUUCAGAAUUAAAAGAAAAGUUGAAUAAAAAGAUUCAAGAUCUUCAAAGCUUAGAAAAAGAGCUUACAGGUUGUAGAAGCAAGUUGUCAGCAGCAGAAUCUCAUUCACAUCAACUUCCUGACAGUAACACUCCUGAAAAUCGAAAUCAGUUGGAAGAACUGUUUCAAGAAAAAAUAGAUCUUGAAAAGAAAGUUUCCUUAUUAAAAGCAUCUGUUGAUAAACUUAUGAACGAGCGAGAUUCAAUGGCUGACCAGUAUCAACAAUAUGUUCUUCAGUUGAGUGAGAAAGUAACUUCUUUACAAGAUGAG